GGUUGGGUCAUGGACAGUUGUACGGUCGCCAAUCCGCACCAGCCCUAAAUUAAAUAUUUUAAACGUUUUGGGGUUUUAAUAUAGAAGAUGGGAUUAUGUCAGGUGAUUCCCGUAAGUAAUUUUUCUUUUCAGGAAAACCCAAUUCCUCGUUGUGACCAUCCAGUUUGACAGGUACCAUAAUCUAGAAUUCUAGAUAGAAGAUGGCGGUUAUUGGUUUCAACCUGCUUUAUAUGUGUAUUGGAAUCUCACUGUUUCUGACAUGGUUACUUGCAAACUAUAUUUCCUUCAUUUGGGUUCUAGUCGCCUUUGUUCUCCUGUGCUUACUGGUCAAUUACAAAAAGAUUGAAAUAGACGAAGAGAUGGAAUCGGAGAGAAUUAAAGUCACAACUCAAGAGGAAACAGAAUAUUGGGCUAACUAUCUGAUUGGUAGAUGCUGGGUUGUUUUCUCGGCCAAUAUCGAAGAAGCAGCUAGAAGUAUCGCAAACAGGCGUUUGAGGGACAUGACGUUCUCUUUUGCUGAAAACCUCGAAAUCACUUCUGUAAGCCUUGGCAAACAGACUCCAGUUUUAAGUAAUGUUCGCGUGACUGAUAAUUUGCAGAGCCCAUCACACAGUGUCUUUGCUACUGUAUUUCAAAGUUUCAGACCUCCCCAUCAGGUUACAGUGAAGGCAACUUUGACGUUGGACUCCACAGACAUGGACAUCGAAUCGCAUGGACUUUUUAAGACACCAAUAAAUGCCUUUGACGCUAGUGCAAUUAUAAAGGGUCUCACUUUACACGGAAACGUUGAAAUCAUUCUAAGCAGGGAAUCACGUGAUGUUCCUUUUCCACAUUUUUCAAAAGCCAAAGUCUGUUUUGCCGAGGUACCAAAGCUUCAUACUAACGUCUACAUAUUGAAAUUUGUUAACAUCAUGAGAAUACCUUUUCUCCAAGAUCACAUCCUUCAAAGUCUUAAGUCAGGACUUGAACAAGUAAUCUCACCCAAGUGUAUCGACAUUCAACUGGACAGGUGUUGGGGAUCCAGUGAUACGAAAUGUUAAUUUAAUAAGUAAGUCGAAGGUUUUCUCAAAACUAGUAUAGUUACGUUGUAAAGCCUACAAUUACACCCCCCCCCCCCCUUUCAAGAUUUUCAGCAUUCCAGUUUAUAAGCAUACUAGCUUUAAACACGGGUAUAUCUUUAGACAAGACUUAUUUAUUUUGGCCAG